GCCCAGCACUACUCCCUUUACUUUCUAACUUCCCUCCUCUCGUCUCACAGCCUCUCUCCUCUCUCUAUAGGUCACUGCCUUUUGCUUUGUCCCAGCCCUUUCCCUACCAGCUUCUUACAUGCCUGGAGUUCCAGCUACCACUUUCCUACUGCAGCCUGUAAGGGAGAUGAUAUGGCAGCGAGACUCCGUGAUGAAAGGAGAAUAGAGUGAAAAACAGGCAAGAACAGGAUUUCAUUUCGGCAUAUAGGUUUCCAGGAGCCAUUGCCUUCAGCAUCACAAGUGCCUUCUGUUAUCUUCUCUUUUGGCAAUCAAGAAGCACAUGGAUUUUCUCAUAUGUAUUUACUACAUAGAGUCAGUCUAAAGUUGUCCAAGGUAUCCAUUCUCACCAAGAAUUCUCCAUAUACAAAGACCUUACAGAAGCCAUAGAUCCAGAAUAAUUAUACAAUUUACAUUGCGUGCCAAAUACAAGAUUAAUGUGUCUGACAAAUCAGGAUUCCUGGUAGCUAAAGAAACACAAUUCUCCAGAGUGUACUUGCUGGAACUUGAACGUGAAGUAGAAAAUGAUUCGCUCCUAGUAUCACAUGUCCCUUGUUUCUUUGACCUUAUUCUAAUAGUCAUCACAAACAGAAGGAACAAUGAGCCUAGGGAAUCUGCCUGUCAUCAAAACCCUUGUGUCUCGUUCCAGGCGGGAACGUUUGACAUUAAAACCAGAAAUGAUCAGCCCCCCAAUGGGGGACUUCCGCCACAUUAUGCAUGUGGGCAGGAAAGGAGAAGUGUUUGGGGAUACUUCAUUUCUUACCCAACUCCAAGAAAGACGAAGACACCACCACUUGAACUACAUAACCAAAAAGUUACGCAAAGCAGGGUGGAUAUCGCCACAAAGUGCAUCAAACAGGGGAAGAGUUGAUUCUCCUGUCAUUCCUCCACCUGAUGUUUCCCCCAUCAUUAAGAAUGCUGUGUCCUUGCCACAGCUCACAAAGCACAGUUGGGAUUAUGAGAGGAAACAAGACAGAGAUAAGAUAUGGAACUGCCUCUCAGAACCAAACAGCCCUUAUGGAUUAGAAUCUGGGUUGUGCACCCUUCCUCGCGUCUCAGGCUCACAGAUGUUCGACACCAGCUCUGAGAAGUUUGAUGAAGACUGGCCAAGCAUUGCCCUUGCAGAUGGUGAAGACUGCAGCACCUGCACUGUUCCGGUGGAACUUUCUUGCAGCCUUUGGCGCUGUGACUCAAUGCAAUCUUUUACAAUGGACUUUGGUCCAUCUCUAAUGAGUGAGGUGCUAGAAGGGAUGAGCUUUUCUAAUGCACCCCAAGAAAAGGAGAGUGGAAAUAGCAAUGGCCCUGAUGAACAAAGCAUUCCACAAACCAACAGCAACACUUCCAGCCUAAAUGCUGCCAUGGAUGACACUGAGUGUGAACCAUUAAACGGGCACAGCGACACCCAACAAAUGAAGGUGCCCACAUCUUGGGAUCAUGAUAACGUAAAAGAGGAAAUGGAGUUGGACAUAGAGGUGGACAGUGGAAUUACAGAGUCCGAACAAAGCAGCCGAUGCCUUACGACAGAAUUAUGGGACAGUGGUGAUGGUUCUGAAAUAGAGAUGUAACAUUUUCUAAAAUGUAAACACUUAACGGUUUUUUUUUUGCUUCUAUAAAACUGGGGGAAAUUCAAAACAUGUUAUUUUUGCUAUCUAAAAUUCACUUUAAAAGCUUAGAAUUCAUCAAUAAAAAAAAUCUUAUGAUAUGUUGCACCCUGACAAUAAAGCCAAUGACUCGCUGAAAGCGGCAUCUACUAUCCACAGCCAGAGGAUAUAUACUUAUCCAGUUAUUAGCAUUGUUAUGGGCAGCAACGAGGUAGAAACUCAGUAAACUCUUGGUGCCUCUUAUGGUUUCUGUAAAGCUCAGCAUACUAACUACCAUGUAGCUGGUCACUUGUAUGUGAGAUGAUGCCAUUGGGCCAUUCAGAGAAAAUAUGGAUAGUGAUAAGGGUCUGAUCAAGUCGCUGUUAAAAAAUUUAGCUUUGGCUAAAAUCAAGGGCCAGGACAAGCAUUUUGAGGAGGAAGUUGUCUUUAUAAGCUGCUUAUUAAAUAAAAGCUCAACUAAAUAUAAGGAACUGUAAUACCAAAAGCACAGUUGUUAGUUCAAACCCCUGACACAUGGAAAAUAUUCAGUCAUUCAGUUAAUGGCUUUCCAGUGAUUACCAUUUUACUCUAGUUUAUCUGACUUAUACUGUACAUUUAUUGGUCAGGUUUGUCUAUUCAGCAUCUCCCUAAAUGAGGGAUCAUUGCAGGUUGAGCAGCAAUAGCAUUGCACUUGUAACUUAAAGAUGUAAUGGAUCAAGUAGUCCGGCCUUUAAUAAUUGUAUUAGUAAGUGUGAUAAAACAGGAGGAACAUCUACCUUCAACUUAUGGCAGGUAAAACAGUAGGAACCUCUACUUACAGGGAUUCUUAACCUAUGGGUUAGGGCCCAAAAAUGGCUCCCAGUGCUGUUUAGGGAAAGUCUCUUUGGUCUGCCUUAUUAUAAUAGAAAAUAAUAAUUGAAAUGGGGUGCUUUAGUGGGGGGAAAUGCUGAACUGAAGGGGCUAACUUAUUCACAUUCGAGUUUGUUUGUUUUUCGCUACCAUUCAAGAAAAUCGCAGCCAAAAAUUGUGACUGACUUUUGUUUCAAACAAUCACAAUUAAAAGAGAUACAACUAAUUUUUCAUCAAAAAUUUGCAAAAUUUAUCAAGUGGAAAUCUUUAAAAAAAAAAAA